AUGUCACUCUCUUCUUCACAAAGAGUAUUUCUUGAAUCUAUAGCAUCGGCCGAUCCAGAAGGACGUUUUGUAAUCGUUGACGGUAUUCAAACAUUUUAUAAAAUAUCGGUUCCUCAACAAGAAGAGAAGAAAGAGGAAUUACAACACGUUAAUAACAACGACAACACAAAUCCAGAUAAACCUGUGAUUUUAUGUCUUCAUCACAUUUUAGGAGAUUUAUAUGAAUGGAAAUAUAUCGUGCAACCACUUGCUAAUGCUACAGGUUGUCAUGUAAUAGCUUACGAUAGGAUAUCUUUUGGUUUGACCGAAAGGCCAAUACAAUGGGAAAAAGACAAAAAUCCUUACACACAAGAAGCUUUAUGUGAAUUUAUAUUGAAGUUUUUAUCGUGUUUAGGAUAUGCUGAUAAAAAGAUUGUAUUUGUUGGAGCAUCUGCUGGUGGUGCAAUUAGUUCUUAUCUCUCAAUAAAAUAUCCACAUAUUACUUUUGCUUUAAUUCACAUUUGUCCUGCUAUAAAAGUUGAAGAUCAAGGUCCACCACCCAUUGCAUGUAUGAUUCUAGGAUCAUUUCCUGGAAGAUUGGUUUUGAAAUAUUAUCUAUCCAGAGAGUUACCGUCCCGAUUGUUAUAUUACGAUGUAAAGUCGAUUCCUGAUUGGGAAACUGUGAUCAGGCCUCAUUAUAGAGUACAAUUAACUUUACCAAAUUUUUACGAAGCGAUUUCAUUUCAAUUAAAAUAUUUUACUCCACUUGAAAUUCUACCACAUAAAAAUGUAUUACAAAAAAUUCCGACUUUAUUCAUAGUAGGAAAUGAUGACAAAUAUACAACAUGCGAUGCACAUAAAAAGGUAUUUGAAGAAAUCGAAUCGAAUUCACCUUCUGAUUCGAUCUUGGAAUUUAAAGUAUUAACACAAUGUGCACAUUUACCUCACGAAGAAAAACCUCAAGAAGCAUUCUUUACACAAGAACAGUCCAAGUGGGAACAUGCUUUAAAGAUUGGGGGUGCAGCGUUAGUGGCGACACUUAUGGCACCUUAUAUUGUUACAGUAAUUGUUGGUACCAUGGGUUUUGGGGCAAGUGGAAUUACAGCGGGAUCUUUUGCGGCUUGGACUAUGUCACUUUAUAAUGGUGCAGUCACAACUGGGAGCGUGUGUGCGAUAUUACAAAGCAUAGGGGCUGCAGGUCUUGGUACCGUGUACAUCGUAAUUUGA